AUGGAGGGGUGGUGGGCAAGUGAGAGGCAGUCGGCAGGCAGGUCAGUCGAAGGAGCGUGUGGAAUGCGCACAGACCACCACUUCCACUUUGUUCAAAACUGCCGUGCGCCCAGUUCCCAUAGCAGCAUUCACGCCAUUCCCACCUGCAUUGCGCGACGCCGAAAUGGCAUCCUCCAAUCCAAUGACCCCCAGGUUGACGGUUAACGAUAUUCUUAACUUCAGCGACACGGAACUCGUGCAGUACAUGAAGCAAAAUCGCCAUGCUGAUGGCGGGUUUGAUCUUGGAGAGGUCGACGGCUGGGAGAAUCUGGCCAAGGAGCAGCGCGAACAGCUGGCUCGGCGAUUGAAGGACGGAGCGCUGAAGGCCAAUGACGAGACGCAGUCCCGCCCGGUCGACUUUGACGGAGUUGCCGCACGACUACGCGAAAUCUCUGACAACCAAGACGCGUUACCGCCACCCGCUUCUCGAUCACCGCGCUACGAAAGAUCCCCUACCCCUUUUGAGGACGUGGCCGCGGAGACAAGGCAAUCCGAGACGGCAGCGUACCACGAGCUGGUCAGUGACGGCGGCCGGCCGCUCUAUCACAUUAGUUCUCUGGAGGAGGUGCUCGACGACCCCGAAGGCCAUCGCCCGAUGCUGCUGCCAUGGCAGGAUUACCCAGAUGCAACCAUAGACGACGGUAGGGUGUUCCGGAAGCAAUUGACGAGGUGGAAGGCUUUCCGCAGUUGGCAGAAAUAUAACCGAGAUAUAUACAACAAGGAAGAGGAGUUUGCUGCGUUCUCCGGGAAGGAGUUGCGUAAAGAAGCUGAGAGCGAAGCCAACAUGAGCAGAUCCAGACGGCAAGACGAGGAGUUGGCGGAGAGACUUCAUCUUGAAAGGCUUCGGGCGAAGUUCAGGAAGAUGCAGGAGGAGAAGGGCGCGGACGACGGCGAGGCGGGAUUUUCGGCAUUUGUCGAGGAGGAGAAGCGGCGACUUCUGAAGGCCGGAUGUACGUGGCCGGGGAUGACGGAAGACGAAUAUCGACAGACACUCAGGGUCGACUUUGAUAGGGAGGAGUACUGGCGCUACCGGGAGAACUUUUUGUUUCUGCGGGAGGGCAACGGCCGGGGUGGGUUUCCCGAAUAUAUCGCCGAGGCCAAGCGCCGCCUAGCAAAACACGAUUUCACGCGGAAUUUCCAGCUCGACAAAGACCCAACACGCCAAGACAAGUUGACGACGUGGAUCGAAUACCUCAAUUACGAGUACUCGUGGCACGAUCGGUACGAGCGUUCCAUCAACAGUCUGCGGCAGAAGUACGACGAAGCCUGGAAGCAGCUGGUGGACUCCGGGGUGUUGCGGCCGGGGGAGACGGACGAGACUUUGCGCACAACCGAAUCCGCGUUUCGACGCCAAGGAGAGAGAGACCAGACCUGGAAAGCUGUAGCAUCCGCCGAAGCGGCCGCCAAAGCAGCCUUGUCAGAGACGGUGAGAGCUAAGACCAGGCGCUCAAGGUUCACCAAGCAAGAGCGUACACAGAGAUUAGCAGCAGCCCACUCCAGACUCGUCCAGGCAAAGGACGCGCUUAAGACGAUCAAGCGGCGAAGCGAUCUCAUCACAGAGUUCAUCCGAGGAACGUGGGACUACCAAGAGGAGAAAAGGAAUCUACAACGCCAGCGUCUUUUGCUACAGUGGAUUCUUGAGCAGGUGCCCCUGAUCGAAGCCGAGUUGAACCAACCCAAGGUAGCCGAAGGCGUGUCACAUGCUAGGCGUUGCGGGAAGCGAAGCAGACCUCAUCAGGAUGACCAAGACAUGGAUGGCUGGAGGCCUACGAAGCGGAUGAGAGGUGAACCGAGUGCGCUCGCGGAUGGUAUGAGUUCCUCUACGCAGGCGAGACAGCCACCGAAACGCGGCCAGCACGAUAUCGCGGCCUACGCACGACGGUCGAAGCGGAUCCGACAUGACUGCCCAGACUCCGCUUCCCAUGGCGCAGUGCAGAUCAGCGAGAUUUCUCAGGAAGCUCCGCCACAAUCCAGAGAGCAGUCUCAACCUAGGGUGAUCCCGCCGGUGCCUGAAAAGGGCACCGGCACCGAUGCGAAGGACCGCACUGCUCAGACGCUAUUGUGGACCUCCAGGAACGGGCUCGGGGCUGUCGUCCAGCUUCGACGGAGCGAUCGAAUUGCGGCUCGCCAAAACCCUUCUAAGACUGCUGCUGCAUAUCUGCAUCCUACCAGCGGUGCCUGCUGACGAUCUCCCCGGAAGACCUCACAAGAUCGGGCGCCUUCUUCAUCAACUGGAUCGCGAAAGCAACAGCCAAGGUCUCUUGCGACAAAGAUAAGAGGCGCAAGGGGUAGCAGUUGGCUUGACGCAU